AACUCAUAUAGCCAGGCUUAAGUUAGCCCAAAAAUGAAGAGGGAACUAAGUUCAAAUAAUCCAAUUCCCUCAUCUAACUUCAUACUCUCCAAAAAUAUAAAGCAUACAUAAACCAAAUCUCAUAAACAGAGGCACACCACCAUAUAUAUACAUCCAUAAUAUCAACAUGGAUCCACCAAAGAAACCUAACAAAAUCAGAGAAAUCGUUAGACUUCAACAGAUCCUUAAGAAAUGGAGAAGAGUAGCCAAUACUUCAAAAACAUACAGAAGCAGCAGCAUCAACAACAACAGUACUACUAGUAAAAGCAUAAAGUUUUUGAAAAGAACACUUUCAAUGUCCGAACGGGAAGGAGGAGGAUCAAACAACGCAGUUCCUAAAGGCUACCUAGCCGUUUGUGUUGGUGUAGACCUUAACAGGUUUGUUAUACCAACCGAGUAUUUGGCUCAUCAAGCCUUUCAUAUAUUACUCAGAGAAGCUGAAGAAGAAUUUGGGUUUGAACAAACUGGUGUUCUGAGAAUUCCUUGUGAAGUUUCAGUGUUUGAGAGUAUCUUGAAGAUGGUUGAAGGAAAGGAUAGAUUUUCUACUCAGAAAUGUAGAUUUGGCAUUGAAAAGAUGAUGGGAUACUGUUCCUCAAACCAACUUGGUUAUUAUCAUCAACCUCAUAGUCCAAUGUGCAGAUAGUUUGUUAUAAUCACUAGACAAUUUUAACCAUUUUUUUUCACUUUUAAUUUUAUCUUUUGCUAGCUCUUCAUGGAAGCCAAUCUAUAUAUGUAUGAAUUAUAUAUGAGAAGAAUACAACUUUAUUGUCUAAAUUUUGUAUUUUACGGA